AUGGCCACGACGGGCUUUGGAUUCCAUCCGACAGGGCGCCCAAUAUGUCUCGACUGCCGGGAAGUCCACCUGGAGUUCUUGAAUCAACUAAAUGAGGACUCGCGGUGUCAUAAAUGUCAAAAGCCAAUAAAAAUUCCACAAGGAUGGGCACCUCCUGAGUUUGCUGCGCCUAUACACUUGCCAAACACAGACUCCCUGGACAGACAAGACCAGGAGAAGCAGGACCAGGAAAUGCUGCGGUUUCUAAAGGACAAUACGGCUACUAUGAAGUUGUUCUUGUCGCUCUCCAAAGAGGACAACUCGCAGGAUAAGACUGUGGCUAUGUACGAUAUUGUUUCGGUUGCGGAUAGCCAACAUGGGAUGUCGAUAGGCCGCCUAAGCAAAUCCGCCCUUGAAAUACGCCGGCAAGGACAAAAAGAGUGGGAAGACGCAUUCUGUGAGUAUGAGAACCUUCUUACGGAGCUCGCGGAGCUACUUCCUGGACCUUGGAAAUGGACCUACAAGAAGGACAAGGCAGUGUCAUUAGCAUCGCUGCUCGAAACCACAAUUCAAUACUAUAUCAACUUGCGGUAUGGGGGUUCAAAAUAUGCGGAAGAUAGUGAAUUGAAGGACAUGCGUGAGAAGCCCCCUAAUUUUGGCACAACUCCUCCUAAUCAGCUUCUUACAGUCAAGAAACUGCAACAAAGCCAGAUCUUGGACGAUCUUAGCCCCAAAGACGCUAAGCGCAUUCGAGAACAACUACAAAACCUAAUGUUCUUUCAGUAUUGCCACGAAGGAGUCGUGGUCGUUCGUAGCACUGCUCGUACGUCUAAUACUAACAACUGA